GGGGUCUUUCAAGUUAGCCUGUUAGCUGAUCAGGAACGUUAAGGUAGCUAACGUUACAGUCAAAAGAACAAGGCAGUGGUUUCAUUCAUAGACGUUGUUGUCUGACAGAUGUGUAAAAACGACGUGUCGUUUUACGCGCAUCACGCCUAAUUUUCUGUAAAUACAGUUACAGGUUUCAGGAAAGUUUGAACGACUUUGGAGCGGUCUUGAAGUUUCUUGGUGGAGAAGAACAUUUGAUAUGGCGACUGCAACUCCUAGCCGCGCUGAAUCUAGCCGGGGUGCCGCAACACCGCUGUCCCCAACGCGUAUUUCGCGCUUGCAAGAGAAAAAGGAGUUGUCACAAUUGAAUGAUAGACUCGCCGUUUACAUUGAUCGUGUUCGGUCAUUGGAAUUGGAAAAUGAUCGUCUUAUGGUGAAAGUGUCCGAGAAGGAGGAGGUUACUACACGAGAGGUUACAGGGAUUAAGGCUCUGUAUGAGGCGGAGCUUGCGGAUGCCAGGCGUGUCCUUGAUGAGACUGCACGGGAGAGGGCCAGACUACAGAUUGACCUCGGGAAGGCGACAGCAGAGCUUGAUGAGGUCAACAGGAACUACAAGAAGAGGGAUGGAGACCUUGUUCUGGCCCAGGCCAGGAUUAAGGAACUGGAGGGACAGUUCAACCAGAGUGAGGCCGCCCUCAACACUGCACUGAGUGAGAACAGUGCCCUAUCUGCAGAGAUUGCAGAUUUGAAAGCACGGCUGGCCAAGGCUGAGGAUGCUCAUGCAGUUGCUAAGAAGCAACUGGAGGGUGAGACUCUGAUGCGUGUUGACCUGGAGAAUCGCUGUCAGAGCCUUGCAGAGGAUUUGCAGUUCAGGAAAAGCAUGUUUGAGGAGGAGGUGCGAGAGACCAGGCGGCGGCGUGAGAGGCGCACUGUGGAGGUGGACAGCGGAGUGCAGCCAGACUACGAGUCCAAACUGGCACACGCUCUCCAGGACCUUCGCAGGCAGCAUGAGGAGCAAAUGCAAAUCUACAAAGACGAACUUGAACUCACUUUUCUGUCCAAGCUUGAUAAUGCUAAAGUAUCAUCUGACAUGAAUGACAAGUCCCUGAGUGCAGCCAGAGAAGAGGCCCAGGAGUCUCGUAUGCGGAUUGAGAGCCUGUCCUACCAACUGUCUGCCUUGCAGAAGCAGGCAGCAGCUGCAGAGGACCGUGUCCGUGAGCUGGAGGACCUGCUGGCUAGCGACCGAGACAAGCACCGCCGGCAGUUGGAUGCCAAGGAGCGCGAGAUGGCCGAGAUGCGAGACUGCAUGCAGCAGCAGCUCAAUGAAUACCAGGAGCUGCUGGACGUCAAGCUGGCUCUGGACAUGGAGAUCCAUGCCUACCGCAAGCUUCUGGAAGGCGAGGAGGACAGACUGAAGCUGUCUCCCAGUCAAUCCUCCAAGGUCAUCGUCUCCCGUGCAACAGGCAGCAGCAGCUCCUCUCGCUCCUCGCGAGUAAAGAGGAAGCGUGUGGAGCUGGAGGAGUCUGUAACCGUCAGUGCCCCCAAAAUUCACAUCAACCAGGAGGCAGAGGCCAGCGGCAGCAUUACAAUUGAGGAAAUCGACAUGGAGGGGAAAUCAGUCACCCUCAAGAAUAACUCUGAUGAGGACCAGUCCCUUGGUAGCUGGAGGCUGAAGAGGCAAAUUGGUGAUGAGGAGGAGAUUUCCUACAAGUUUAGCCCCAAGUACGUCCUCAAGGCCGGCCAAACUGUGACGGUUUGGAGCAGCGACGCAGGGGUGGCACACAGCCCGCCCAGCAACCUCCUGUGGAAGAGUCAGAGUUGGGGCAUUGGAGACGAAGUUCUCACCACUCUAGUGAAUUCAGAUGAAGAGGAGGUUGCCAAGAGGACAGUCACAAAAAUCACAGAGGAGGUGGAGAAUGGUGAUGAAGAAAAUGGAGACUAUGAUGAAGAUGUUUUGUACCAGCAGGGAGAUCCAAAGAGGGGGUCCAGGGAAUGUGCAGUCAUGUGAAGAGCGUGGAGACCUCAGCCCAGUUUUUCUCUUACAAUCCUUUUAUUCUGUAGAGCCACUAUUUUUGUAUACUUCAGUCCUAGGAUCUUGAUUAAUCCCAAAUACCCAUUUGACUUGAUUAGUUUUUUUUCUUUGUUUGUAAACGGACCUCAUUUCCAGGUUAUCUUGAACAAUUGCAGCCAUUAUAUCAAAAUGAGUGAAAAUGGGGAUACCUUCCAUAUAAGUCUCAGUACUUUUUGAAGCAGAAAUUCAUGUUUAUGAAUGAAUUAUAGGAAUCACACUUCCCUACCGUCAAAAGGCCUCGCAUUAGUGUGCAUCACUGCUGAGAUAUUGCCACACAUCUCCAAGUCCUUUAAGCUCAGAAUUGUUUUCCAUCCCAGUUUGUAGUGAAUGACGGCCAGUUAAUUCUGUAAUGAAGAAUCUUCAGUUUCAAUCAUUACAAAAAAAUAGUACAAAAACAGCUCAGAACCUCAAUGAGCACCAUUGUGUAACUUGCUGAAAUUGUUUAUUGUAAUUAAUGGUUAUGCAAAUCGUGACAACAUAGAGGUAUUUUGUGAAGUCUUUUAUAUGGCUUGGAGAGGAACUCAACCUCUAUCAUGUAUUGUACAGUAGAGUGUAACUGACAGCUGAUGCAUUGAUGCUUUUUCUUUUAUAGAUAGAGAGGCUUUGCUGAUCAGAUGAGCAGGGUGGAAAUUUAAUGAAAUUGGUACUCUAAAAUGGAUUCAUUGGUCAAACAUUUCUUAAAGUAUUAAGAUGCAAAUUAUGUGCAUGCUAUACCCUAGACUCUAUACCAUAGGUAUAGUGUUUCUGUCCCUGUCUAACACAAGUAAAUUGCUUGUCAGUGGUAAUUUAGUCUGCCGUUUUAUGCAAAAUUAACAUUGCAGCGGUAUUGUUACACCAAAGAAAAAUUUAACAGGAAUCGGUUUUGUACUUUCGAUGCUGAGCUUAUUAUAUGUAUGUUCAGAGAUAUUGAGACAGCGUUGAGUAUUUGCCUUAUAAAAGAAAGUGAUCAUUGUUUGCAAACGGUAUGAGGGCAACAGGUGUACAGUUUCAGGGUUAAGUUUGGCUUACCUGUGGGGUAUACUACGAAUCUCGAUUAGUGGGUUAGCGAGGUAUGUUGUGCUCAAAGCCAGGGUAUACUGUGACACGAAAGUGGAUCUGUUUUAGUGUCACUAUAUCACCAUGGUAUCUUAUGCUGUCAACCAAACCUGGUCGGGAGGAGGUUAUGUGCUAAGUUAUAGCUCAAAUCGUGUAAUCUACUGCCCACUGACCAAUCAAUUAUCUUAAAAGUUAUCUCAUAUAGGAUUCUGUCAUAUAUCUUACAGGUGGAGCUCCGCCUCUACUAACAUUUUGGAUCUCGAAUGCACAUUAAUAGUGCUGUGCGUGCAAAUAUCCCACUAUGGACGUGCAUACCAUACAACAACUG